AUGAAGAGCCAGUCGGGUGCAAAGACGGCACCGAAGAACAUCUCUGUGUAUCUUCGUGUGCGCCCCACCAUCGCCCGUGAGUCGAAGGCUUCAUGUAACAACUUGACCUUUGACCCCAGUGACCCGCGGACCGUUACUGUGACGCGAAAGAGCGGGUCAAGGGAUAUUUCAAAGGUGUAUACAUUUAACAAGGUCUUUGCCCCCUCGACGGGGCAGACAGAAGUGUACAAUGAGUUUGCGCGUGGUGCCGUUGACGCCGCCUUUGACGGUCAACAUGGCGUGCUGUUUGUGUACGGGCAAACAGGCUCUGGUAAGACGUACACCAUUAGUAAUAACGACCCCAAGAACCCUGGUAUGCUGCAGCAAGGCCUACACGAUGUCUGGAAUCGCAUUAACAAUGACAUGGAGUAUGAAUACAACUGCAGUGUGAGCUACGUGCAGUUAUACAAUGAAAUUCUGACCGACCUGCUGGACGCGCAGAAGGGGCGGGUACGCAUUCAGCUUGGCUCGGAAGGGUGUGGCGACGUUGUGCUUGUCGCGGAGUCGUCUGGAUUGCCCAUUGAGAAAAAUGUACGUAACUACGAGGAGACCAUGGAGUUGUUUUCUAUUGGCAUGAGUCGUAAGGAGAUGACAUGCACGGCAAUGAAUGAAAGCAGUUCCCGCUCCCACACCAUCUUCAACUUUAACAUCACCCGCUCCAAGAAGGUGAAGGUGGUGGAGGUAAAAACAGGGGAGUUGGGGGAUACGCCGGCGACGGCGUUGGAGGGGCGUCUUGUUAUUUGCGACCUGGCCGGCAGUGAACGGAUUAGCAAGACGCAUGCUGAGGGAAAAUCACUGGGCGAGGCAACCCACAUCAAUGGAAGUCUGCUUGUUCUCGGGAAGGUGGUCGCAGCAUUGACGGAGAAGAGCUCCCAGCACGUGCCGUUCCGUGAGUCCAAGCUGACUCGCAUCCUGCAGUACUCGUUGCUGGGUAACGGCAACACCUCCAUCGUGGUUAACUGCACCCCCGCAGACGAUUCCUCCGAGGAGACGUUGAGUGCCAUUUUGUUUGGCCAGCGGGCACUUCAAAUCAAGCAGGAGGCCAAGCGUCACGAGGUGCUCGACUACAAAGCACUUUAUCUGCAGCUUAUGGCUGAGCUCGACUCCAAGAACGAUGGAACACUGGAGGAUGCCCUGGGGGAGGAGCGGAGAGUGUACGAGGACCGCGUCAAUGCUCUGGAGGAUCGUGUCAAGCUUCUUAGCACUGAGAACGAUCUUCUGCGGCAGGAGAUUGCGGCGCUGCAGAGCGGGGGCGGUGAGGUGUCUUCCACUAGCUGUGCUGCGGCUGGAUGGCAGACUGUAAGUAAGCAGAUGCGGGAUAAACUGUGCGAGCGUGAUGCGGAGAUCAAAACCAUCACGGAUGAGAGGUUUAAGCUCGCCAUUCUUCUCGCGGAAGAAAAACGCACGGCCUUCCGGCUGGCGGAGAAACUGCGUGCGACUUUGAUACGCUACCAAAUGGACUCGAGACAGUGGACGCAGCGGCAGGAGGAGCUUGACGUUGAGCUGGCGCGGCUGAAAGGCACGGACUACAUCAGUGUCACGGGUGGCAUGAACGAAUGCAGCUCGCUGUGUGGGACGGUGGGUCAGGCCUCUCCCACGGAUUCCAUGAACGUCUCCGCGGGACAGGGCGAUGCAUACUUGCAGGAGCAGCUGGAUAAGGCCUACACACGCAUCCGAGAGCUGAAUAAGGAGCGAGUGGAGCGUAUAGUUUACCAAUUCAAGGCGGAAAAGGCCAUCCGAAUGCUGCAUGCCGAGAAGGCGGCGCUUGAAAAGAGACUUGCACAGUAG